GAAGCUCAGGAGGGAAGAGGGCCUCUCAGUGGCCUUGGGCCUGCUGUAAUUGGCUGAGAGUGAGAUGGGUGGGUUUUUCUUCCCACACUUUGGAACUCUUAGAAAGGAAGGUGAGCUUGCAGUCAGGUGCCCACCUCUGGCCCUGUGCCGUUGAGGUUUCCACUGCUGGAGCCUGGACCGUCAGCACACACACAGGUGGCUUUUGAAUACUAGCAAGCUCUCCAAAAUGCCAGUUGUCAGAAUACUAUUCUCUACAUUUACACCAAAAAUUAUAACAUCACAUGGACAAGUCCAGUGGACCAGUCGCCGGGCUUCCUGAACGGUGCCUGUUCUUCCUGUGAAGAGAGCUCUGGGGACAGGCAGAUGUAUAGCAAGAAGUCAGGAACCAUGCGUGGGUUAGUUGAAUGACGGUAAUGUGGGGAAGGGGGGUCUUCAGGGUGCCAGCAUCAAGCAGGAUGGGGCAUCCCUGCCACUCUUAGGCCCAGGCCCUCAGCACUCUAUUUCCUAGCUCUUCCGUUUCUGGCCAGCCUCCCUUUGAGAUUGUAGCAGGGUGUUUGAUUGAAUGUGUUCAUGCAUUCGGGUCUGUUUCAGUCAAGUCUUGGCCCGAAGGCCCACAUCUGCUCACAUCCACUGUGUGUGUUUCAAGGUGUGACUCUCAGGAGCCAGGCUUCUCCCCAGUCCCAGCUCCUUAUCAGGAGUUGGUGGAGGGUGGGAGGGCCUGAGGUCAGCACUGGGCUACUGGGAGGAGGAAGUCAUAUUCCUGCCUCAAGGAAGUUCCUCAGCUCGGAGGCACUGUUGUGCUCAUCCCUGGUGGGGAGGCCUGGGAUGCAGCCCUCUUGCUGUCCUUUCCUUGCCCCUGUGAGCCUGGAGACCCUCUUCCCCAUUCGUGACUCAUGUCUGUGUUGCAGAACUCCUGCCAUGAAGACUGUGUACUGCAUGAAUGAAGCAGAAAUGGUGGAUGUGGCUCUGGGGAUCCUGAUUGAGUGCCGUAAACAGGAAAAGCCCCAGGAGCAGUCACCUCUGGUGGAUGCUGAUAAGCUGGAGCUCUCCCCCAUCUGCUCUGUGUCUCCUCACACAAGUUCUCCUGGGAGCAGCAGCGAGGAAGAGGACGGUGGGAAAGACAAGGCUGCCUGGGGCCUCCGCCCUUCCCAGGGGCAGGGGACUUCCAGCUCUACAAGCAGAAGCCCCAAGGAAGCAGAGGAGGAAGAUGUGUUGAAAUAUGUCAGGGAGAUAUUUUUCAGCUGAGGAUAAACAGCUCGCUGGACUCUCUGCGGAGAGCAGCAGGAAGAGGGUGCUGCUGCCGCUGUUGCCCCUCACCCCCACCCCUAGGGUGCAGAUGUGGCUGCCUGUGUGCCCAGCUUUGCACCUCCCUGGGCCUGGCAGAUUCAUCCUAGAUCAGAAGCUCCAGGUGCCCUGGGCCUCCUGGGGGGCUACUAUUUUCAGUGUGACAGUGAGGACCCAAACCAAAUUCCCAUUAGUUUCUCCUCGCACUGCAUCCCGCCUGGCACAGGGGGAUAGAAUCCCAAUUGUCUGUCUUAUUCUAGAGAAAAUGAGGUCAUGGGGUCCAACUUUUAAGAACCCAAGAGACAAUAAUUUUCAAGGAAAAGUAUGGCUACUGAAUAACUGUGAUUCCCAGGCUUUUGUAGCAUGAUCCCUCCCCAUCAGAGGCCCUCGCCCUCCAGCUUUGAAGACACGAGCUGCCCAUAGUUUCUGCUCCACCUGGGAGGGUGAGACUUUCCAACCAGAGACUGGUAAGCCAGACAGGCCGCCUUGAGCUGCUGCCUCUCUUCCACCUGGAAGCCUCUACCCUGAUUCCUGGGCAGGUUUAAAGUGCGAGUGGGUUGGGAAACCAUACACUAAGGAUAAAAGAUGACACCAGAG